UUUUGAGUAGCCUGUGCGCGCAGCAGAAAGUGGUGCAAGCCCGCGUAUUUAACUUUUAAGAUGGAUGACAUAUUUAACUACAGCGGAGCACUGAACCGAAGUUCACCUGGCGAAGAGAAAUUCAGUUUUGAAGACAUCGACGUGAGCGCGGACGGCACUCCAAUCCUGAGGAUACUCAUCUCCGUGGUUUACUCUGUAGUUUGCGCGGUGGGUUUGGUUGGAAAUCUGCUAGUCUUUUUUCUCAUGAGGGUACGUCAAGAUCAAAAGAAGUCCACAAUUAAUGUUUUCAUCAUCAAUUUAGCAGUGACGGACUUCCAGUUCGUGCUCACUCUGCCCUUCUGGGCCGUGGACACCGCGCUGGACUUCAGCUGGCCGUUUGGAGACGCCAUGUGCAAAAUCAUCCUCUCUGUCACCGUGAUGAACAUGUACGCCAGCGUGUUUUUCCUCACUGCCAUGAGUGUGACCCGCUACCUCUCUGUUUCCUCGGCCCUGAAGAAAAAAACGUACAGGAGGUCACGGUGCGUAAAGUUGGUGUGCGCGGUGCUGUGGGUGGCAGCCACAGUGGCCACAGCUCCGACAACUUUCUUUUCCACCGCGACUGUUGUCGCUGGAGAAAAACUCUGCCUCCUCAAGUUUCCUGACGGGCACGACUGGCUCGCCCUCUAUCACAUCCAGAAAAUAUUGAUAGCCUUCAUCAUCCCCACGCUAAUAGUCUCUGUUAGCUAUCUAAUGCUCUUGCGCUUUGUGAAACGGAGGAGCAUGGACAGCAGAAACCCUAAACGCAACUCUAGGGUCACCAAAGCUGUCACUAUAGUGGUUUUGUCUUUUUUCUUCUGCUGGAUGCCAAACCAUGCCAUCACCUUCUGGGGUGUUUUAGUCAAAUUUAACGCAGUCGACUGGGAUAAAUCCUAUUAUAUGGUGCACACGUAUGUGUUCCCUGUCACUGUGUGCUUUGCGCACGCAAACAGCUGCUUGAACCCUGUACUUUACUGUCUGAUGAGGCCAGAGAUUAGGAAGAUGCUCAGUGGGUUGUUUUGGAGAGUCUCCACUCCAUCCUCCAAGAGGAUCAGCGCGACGCGCUCUUUUACACAGGGAGAAGUGCCUCCCCAGAUUUUGAACAAUGGAGAGUGCACGCUGUCCAUCAUUGACCGUAAAGGCGUACCAAAAUCCCAAAUGAUCCCAUACACCCGUGAAGAGCGAAACGAAGCAGGGAAAAAAAGAGACUGGAACACAGGGCACUAACGUCUCCAGGCGGAAUUUUAGACACGGGACUCCCGGCAAAAUGUGGGAUUAUAUUAUAAAAAAGGACCUACAUAUUUGGAGAUUAGAAAUAGAAUCACAUGGUUGCAGUGUUUUCUAGCCAUGUAGCGUGUCUGUAAAUCAAUUGCCUUAUUUAUCCGAUGUAGAUUGACAUGUAUAGUUGGCCUAUGUUCUGUAAUGUGUACAUACUGUACAUAUGUCAUCCUCAAACGUAUUAGCUGUGUUCAACCACUACUGUAUGUAUAAAAUAAUAGCAUAUUUAUAAUGUAUAUAUUUUCUGAAAUGCACUGUUUUUACAUUAAAGGUUUCUCUCACGUCAUUAAAUAACAUGAAUGUGGACAAUUGUUUAUCCUGUCAGAUAGAGCACGUGUCUUUCUUUUGGCUUUCAACAAUAAAACUUUGAAGUGUCAUGCAUGCAUUGUUGUCAACCUGAGGAGCUCUAGCUAUAGUGAAACACAAAAGGUGUGUCAGCUAAACCCAGGGGAGAGGUUCAAGGUGGCUGUAGAGGGUCCAGCUGUCACUUGGCAUUCAGCAGAGGUGCAGGUCCUCCUCACGUGAUUGAGCAAAC